AUGUCUUCUGCUUGUCAAUCCACUCCAUGCACAUCCAACAACCCAUCCAGUUUCCAGAAGGCCACCAUGCCUGAGCUCCAGAUCACUAGCAAUGAUGAGGAGGCUGACAUCUGGGAAAAGAUGGCCAAGCAUAAGUGGCAUAAGGCAUCAAGGGAAGAGGCCACACAGCUGGAGGCAGAGAGGCUUGAGAGGGAGCAACUGGAGGCAGAGCAGUGUGAAAGGGAGUGGGAGCAGUUGGAGGCUGAGAAGUGA